CUUGCAUUAGGAUAUAGACCGCGUUUAUAGACGUAAUACGACGACUUCGUGCUCAAGUACGGACCAAAACCAACAUUUUUUCAUAUAAAAUGUACCGAAUUUUUAAAAAUUUUCCUCGUUUACAUCGAUUUUGAUUGUAUGUAUAUUGUGUAGUUUGUAUUGUGUAGAUUGUAUGUACGUAUAUGAUUGUUUGAACUAUAUAUAAACAUAGGCCUAACGAUUGGCAAUGCUCUGCACAACAGUCUGCUUUCGGCCGCCGUUAUUCGAGGGUUAUACCAGCUUGCUUAAAAAUGAGUGAUAGCGAUUGUGAGAUAAUUGAUGAAACAGAAGAUAUAAUUGAAAUUUCACAGUUGACUAAAGAUGACACCACACAAGAAUUAAACUCAAGUAAUUCGUCGCUCGAUCGAUAUCGCCAGGAAUUUGGCAUUUUUCAGAUAUGGUUGAAAAGUCAAGAAGCCAACACGGUGGACGAGGAGCUACUGUUGGCGUAUUUUAAGGAAAUUUCAUCGGAGUACAAUCCUUUAACGUUAAAGUCGAAGUACUCAAUGUUGAAAAAUAUGAUUAAAUCGAGUUACGAUAUUGACAUCGGUGAAUACGAACAAUUAAAGACUUACUUAAACGACAUUGCUGCUGGCUGUAAAGUGGUGAAAACAAAAGUUUUCACAAGUGAACAGAUACAACGAUUUUUGGAUGAAGCGCCAAAUGAACAAUUUUUACUUGCAAAAAUUGCAUUGAUUCUUGGAUCACAGGGUGCAUGUGACAGUCGAGAGCUUCGCGAAUUAACAAUGAACGAUGUCGAACUCAACAAAACAUUUGUCGUCAUUAAAAUCCAGGAUUCAACAAGUGAUUUUCCAAAGGUCGUCACACUCGUUGGCAAAAAUUUCGAACUUGUCAAAUCUUAUUUGCAGUUAAGGCCUGAAGGUAUUCUUCCAUUUUUUGUGGACUAUCGCAAUGGAAAUUGUUACAACCAAGUGUAUGGUAGAAAGAUCAGUACUGUGCCAAAAGUUAUUGCAAAUUGGUUGAAAUUAGAAGAGCCUGAGCUAUACAACUCCAGGAGUUAUAGUUCAUUUUAUAUAAAAAAAAAGAAAAAAUCAGAUAGAAAUCUCAGUAGACCAGAAAAAAAGUUAAAAACUACACAUGCACAAUAAAAACACUGAGUGUCUUUUAAAAUAAACCUGUACAUAAGUAAUUUAUGAUUUUGUAUUAAAAAAAUUAAUGACUGACUUUACUUUGAAGUACUUAAACAAUAAGUCAUAAAAUUGGACUUUGAUAAUUUUGUAAAAAUAAAAUGUAAGUUUAUCAAA